CCAGUGCCGGAAGCACGCUUAGUUGUCUUGGCAACACCCCCUCCCUUUGUGUACCCCGCAGAAAACUAGGCCGGAGCUUGUCCAUCGCCUGUGAUCUGCUGCUGCGUGGCCACAAGUUCCACCAGCCCGUUAGAAGAAAACUUGUUCAGUCCCAGAAGGCUUGUGCCAGAAAAAAAGUAGGAGACUGCUGGAGCCCACUUUUCCAGAGAUAGCAGCAAUGGCGUCAAGCUGGAGUGCUCCCACAUCAUGGUAUUCUCACCCAAUAUAUGCAAGAUACUGGCAGCAUUAUCAUCUUGCAAUGGCUUGGAUGCAAAGCCACCAGAAUGCCUACAGAAAUGCCAGGGAACACUGUUUGAUUUCCCCAUGGUACGUCCCUCAGUCAGUUCUUCCCUGGAGCACUAUUUAUUAUGAGGCUGGGGAUCUUCAGUCUCAGGCCUUCCAAGGCCAACACACAGCCUGGCAGAACUCUCACUACAGUUCUUCACAUUUUGAAAGCUCUGGGCAGCCUCUGCAUGACAGCAGCAGGGCCCAGCCAUAUGCAAGAGAAGACCAAGCUCUGUAUGAAGAGGAAGAAGUGGAGUCAGAGUCAGAUGAUGGGAUAGAAUGUGACCUGAGCAACAUGGAAAUCACCGAUGAGCUCCGCCAGUUCUUUGCAGAGACUGAAAGGCACAGAGAAGAGCGACGGCAGCAGCAGAAGUUGGAUGCAGAGCGCCUGGGUGACUAUGUGAAUGCUGACCACGGUUUGUACUGCGACUACCAACGGUCAGCGGAGCCCCCAUCUGAGAGGCCUGGCGAGCGGCGCCAGGCUGAGAUGAAGCGCCUGUAUGGAGACAGCGCUGCCAAGAUCCUAGCCAUGGAGGCUGCCGUGCAGCUGAACUUUGAUAAGUGCUGUGACAGAAAGCAGCCCAAGUACUGGCCUGUCAUUCCCCUGAAGUUCUGAGUCCUGGACACCGGGACCUGAGGGACAGCUUCCCUAACACAUUCGCCAGCCUCACUCCCUUCCUUUUGGGUAUAUUCUUUGUGUCUCUCCUGGGUAUUUCUCAGGGAAAGAGUCCCAUAUAGUGAUAGAAACAUUUACCAAAGUCCCAGUGGGCCCCUCCCAUGGUGGAUUCACCUGUCAGCCACUUAGAAUCCCUUAAGCAGGAUGUAUAUUGUUGGCCAACAUGUUGCUUUCCCUUGGCGUUAAGUGUUGAUCGUGUGCAUUGCACCAGUUCCUCACUUCCUCAUCACAGUGGCGGUUCGCUAAAGUUCUUGCCUCCUGUUUUGCAUUUUGUAUUUCCUUCUUUAAACCUUCCUGAAUGUUACAACAAGCCUUAAACAAACCAGUUGUUUGUUAGUUUUGUAUGUUCAUUUUUUUAGGCAAGCUCUCAUGUAGCCCAGGCUGGCCACCAACUCCUAAAUCCUCCAGCCUCUACCUCCCAAGUGCUGGGAUCAUAGGUAUCUGCCACCAUACCAGGCUCUAAGCCACAUAUUCUCCCUGUCACCAUUUAGCCCCCUCUGAAAAAAGAUAUAUAUGCAGUAAGACAAAUACCACUUGUCACUAAGCCAGGCAUCAGCCUGCAUGUUCUGUGAAAGACCUGAGAGUAAAUACUUUCACCUUGGCCGGUCACAUGAUCUGUAUCAUGCCUGCUCAGCCUUGUCUUUAUAACCUAAAAACAGCCAGAGACACUAAGUAAACAAAUGGAUGUGAAUGUGUUCCAAUAAAACUUUAUCAAAAAACAAAAAUCAGACCAUGGACUGGAUUUGGUUUACAGCUAGUGCUGUAAUCGAGUAAAAAUCACCUGUCUAUCAUUACUGUCAUCUCGUUUUCUCCCUAGAGCUUGAAAGGCAGACGAAUUGAGAGUAAAGAACAGGAAUUCCCCAACUGCAUUGUGUUGUCAAAAUGCACAGUUGGGCUCUUGCUGUAUAUAGCCAAUACCAUUUUGAUAAGCAAAUACACCUCUGAGAAGGAAAAUCUGAAAAUUGAUGGAGCAGUCCAUUUAUAGAUGCCAGCUGCCUUUUAAAUAAGUUAUUACAGUGCACCGCCAUGGUGAGCCCAGGUUGACCUGAGAAGAUUAGCACAUCCAUCAAAGGUUGGUUAAAAGAUUUAGUAUUGACGUGUUUCUCCCUCUGAACAUUUAGCUUCACAUGCAGCCCCUGCCCUGAAACAGUGCAUUCCUUUCAUCAGCCCCAAGUGUUUAUUUGUUCCAAGCUCUCAUUUUAUUACUGGCAUUGAAAUUUGUGCUCAGAUACUGCAGACCCAAAAAUCAGAAAUCACUUGUCCCUGAGGUGACACAUAACUAAAAUGAAUGUUUAGUCUUCCUCCUUUGUCUUAGAAACUCAUGUGCCUAAAUGAUAACAUUAAUGUGACUCAGACACGAGCCAAAGCCGGUGGGAGUAGCAGGUGCUUAACUAUUUGAGAGUGUGGUGUUUUUCACACCUGCCCCCCUAGAAGCCACCAUGACAUCCUGCAGGCUUUGUUACCUUAGCCAGUGACAUCUCGCUGCUUCUCUUUCCUCCCUCAUCACUGAAAUAAAUGGUAAAGAUUUCCCCUCACUGUCAUUGUGAAGACCAUUGAAUAAUAAAAACGUACAGUGCCAACCA